UUUGAGCCUCCUCCUCAAUUGUACAUAGACUUUCAAUAUACAAUUACUACAUAUAUCCCGCAGUCCCGCCUGCAUUUCUGCGAAGCUGAACAUCUCUAUUUAAGUUGCGACAUGAACGUUUUUCGCCGCUCCAUCAUGACUUCCGCACAAUCCAUCAAGAACGCACGCAAGAUCGUAGCGAUUGGCCGUAACUAUGCGGAUCAUGUAAAGGAGCUUAACAGCGCUCGCCCCGCUCAGCCUUUCUUUUUCUUGAAGCCCUCAACCUCCAUUCUUCUACAAGGAGAGGGUCCUGUCAUUCGUCCUCAGGGCGUUGAGCUCAGUUAUGAGAUUGAGCUUGCCCUGAUCAUGGGCAAGGACCUGAAGGAUGUCGAGGAAUCCGAGACGGACAAGAUUUUCGAUGCCAUUGACAGCUAUGCCCUCAGUAUUGACAUGACUGCGAGAAACGCACAAUGGGAAGCCAAGAAGAAGGGUCUCCCUUGGUCGAUAAACAAGGGUUUCGAUACUUUCCUCCCCAUCAGCAACCCCAUCCCCAAGGAGAAGAUACCUGACCCGCACAACAUUGAGCUGUGGCUGGCCGUCAACGGUGAAAUCAAGCAAAAUGACUCCACCAACCUGUUCCUGUUCCAGAUUCCCAGAUGUGUCAGCGACAUCUCCAAGGUUAUGACAAUUCAGAAGGGCGACAUCAUUAUCACAGGUACACCUAAGGGCGUCGGCCCUGUUGUACCUGGUGAUGUCAUGACCGGUGGAAUCAAGGUCGAUGGCAAGGACAUCGAGGAGUCCAAGAUCGAAUUCCCUGUUGAAGAGUCCAAGAGCACUUACGUCUACCGUGAGACAUAAGUGCCUGUCAGACAGGGUCUUUCUUUUAAAUGUGUAUAGAACUUUAGAUACCAUGGGCAGGGGGCAGAUGCUUAACGUGGGUC